AUGGGAGACCGCCGGGUCCGCGGCUCCGAGGAGCCGUCGGAAGAAAAGACGGAACCAUUCUCUCAAUCUGAAAUCGAUGCCCGCAUGAGAAACAUCCGUGUAGAGGAACCCUUUGACCUCAUCUCAGCCGACCCCGUACCGCUCGACAAGCUGCGUGUCGAGGAGCAUCACCACAAGCAGGGCAUCCGCAUCCUCGUUCGACCCCUCACUCGGAGCCGUUCGGUGAGCCCAGGCAACUACAACUGCCAAUGGCUUGCCCUCCGCGCAGAGGUUGCGUCUGAGCAGGAACCACAACAUAAAGUCCUUGCCGUCUCCCAGACGUCCCGGGACAUCAAGUUCUCUGUGCGCAUCCCGCCGGAGCGGUUGGAUGACAACACGCCCCGCCCGCCGUUGUGGUGCGAGCUCUACUAUGAUCCGACGAGCGAUAACCAGAUUCUGCUGAAUAGAUCCGAGGUACCAAUCUCGUUAACGAGGAUAUCUGAUGAUCCCGGUUCUUGCGCCAGCUGGGGAGUCAAUCCGGGAGCCCCCAAGGCGCUGUCACCAGGUACAUGGAGGAUAAACGUUCGCGAUGUUGAAGUCCUUGACUUUAGGAUCUUGGAGAAGCGACCCGCCUACUUCAGACAUGCCGAUUCGGACCUCAAAGACGAACUACCCUCAAGCUCAAAUCCAGAUGCCCUCAACGCCUCUGGCAAGCGGUCAUUCACCGCCGACGAUGGUGAGCCACGGUCCGAGAAAAAGGCGCGCACGACAGAGGAGGCCGGCAUGGUGAAGAAGGAGAAGGAAGACGGUGUCAUCAUGUUCCUCAGGCCACAAGCACAACCACUCGUCUUCCCCCUACCGACAGAAGCCAAGGGCAGAGAGCUCGUAGCGACAAACGGCCACGCCCUGCUCGACAUGCAAAAGGAGGAGACGGUAGUCAUCCCCGGCGGCUGCGAGAUCGACGAGUACACAGUCUCCAAGCGCGACCAAAUCGCCUCCACUACCCUCUCCUCCGUCUUCACAGCCGAGCACUCCAACGUCCCAGACGGCAUCGUCACCGUCAAAGUCCUAAAGACCCGCACGGCCAACGCAAACGCCAACAACGUGACCAAGCCUCAGGACAACAACGAGCGGAACGUGAUCCGGCAGGCCGACAUGUGGCUCCGCGAGUACCAGUCCCAAGACGACCUCAAUCACGAGUCCAUCGUCAAACUCUACGGCGGCGACGCCCGCUACCUCUCCCUGUAUAUGGAGCACGUCGACGCAAAGGACCUCAGCGCCAAGGGCGUCUGGCGCUCCCACGUAGACCACAGCUUCCUCGGCGACCGCGCCGACGCCUUCGCCAUCGCGCGCGAUAUCAGCGGCGCCCUACACUACCUGCACAGCAAGAACCUCGUCCACAACGACAUCAAGCCCGCCAACAUCCUCUACUCGCCCUCCCGCGGCGCCGUGCUCUGCGACUUCGGCCUGUCGACGCACACCAGCGGACCCGUGACGACGGGCGGCACGCCGUACUACAUCCCGCCCGAGUUCAUCGGCAAGAAGCUCCGCGGCCCGCCGUCGGACGUCUGGGCGCUCGGGGUGACGAUGCUCUACGUGCUGGGCAAGAUCUCCUUCCCGGACGCCCGCUCGCGGAAGCAGCCCAAGCAGACUGCGCUGUACUGGAUGAUUGCCGACGUGAACCGGCCCGCGCCGAGCCCGCAGCAGAGGGCCCCCGGCCAGCCUUGUCCUGCUGUGGAUCUCAUGUACAGAUGGCUGAGCGAGGUUGCGGUGGCGAGGGAGAAGCUGUACCCGCGCGACAAGCUCGAGCGGCUUGUUUCUGAUAUGUUGAUACCUGCACCGACACAGCGGAUCACAAUGGCUCGCGUCGUGAGAGAGCUAUAUGUGAUGGAGCAGCAAGCUCUUGCGAAGAGGUGA